AUGUUUCAGAAGGACAGGGAACAAGAGGUUUCUGGUAUCAAUGUUUCAUGUGGGGCCCAGUUCAGUUUGAACAAAAACAAUGACAACACAAUCUUUGAAAGUCAUGAACCAAACACAGCGGCACCUCCGACACAUGCAGAGCUCAGGCUAGAGGAUCACAGUCACGAGUUACCACGGUUCCACUAUCGGACCCGGCUGUCUGGAGACCUGAAAGAUGGCGACUGUUCCCUGAUUAUAAACAACAUCAGACGGGAAGAUGCAGGACCUUAUUUUUUCAGAAUAGAAUUUGACAAUGGUCCGAGUCAUAACUAUUACCCUGUAACCGGGCUUCACAUUUCUGUGACACAUCAGCCUUUUCUAAUUAAAUACACAGAGGGAGCAGCACAGGAUGAGGUCAUUCAGCCCAAGCAGAGCAUGUGGGCAGUUCCUCCCCAGGCGAGCAGUCGGACAGGUCCUGGGCAAACUGUGGUCUCACAGCUACACUACUCAUUAAACGCGACCAAGAUAGAGCCCAUGGAUUUCACAACAACCCACCCGGACAUCAGUGAACACUUUGGACUGUCACAAGAGUGGAAAGGUGACACUCCACGAGAGGUGACAGCACAUGAAAGUUCGUGUGUACAGAUUCCGUGUCAUUACAGUUAUCCAUCACAUUUGGAAAACCAACCACGAGGUGGAGUCUGGUUUAAUAAUGAGGAAUGGGGAUCAUCGUCUAUUGCCUUUCACUCCAAGGAUCACAGUCACGAGUUACCACAGUUCCACCAUCGGACCCGGCUGUCUGGAGACCUGAAAGAUGGCGACUGUUCCCUGAUUAUAAACAACAUCAGACGGGAAGAUGCAGGACCUUAUUAUUUCAGAAUAGAAUUUGACAACAGAAAUAGUUACAGCUACUAUCCUGUAACCCAGCUUCACGUUUCUGAUUUCAGAGAUAAACCCACGAUAUUCACUGCUGAAAUUAUUGUAGGAAAGCUUGUGGAUGUAAGCUGCACCUUCAACACAACGUGCAAUGGAACAGCAGCACCUGUCUUAACCUGGGACACUCCCACUGACGUACCUGGAUCAGUCUCAAACACUGUAACUCAGCAUGGUGUCACUCUGACCUAUACUUCUAUUCUGACCCUGAUCCCAUCACUCAAACACCACGGACACACUCUCAGCUGCAGAGUGAGAUAUCCAUCUGCUUCAUCGGAGCGGACCCUCGUACUAUCUGUGCAAGAUGCACCACAGAAUCUCUCAAUUAAUUCCCUUGAUGUGAUUAAUGCUUCAUCGAUCAAUAUAAUUGAGGGGAAUUCUGCAGUGAUAAUCUGCUCUGUCGAGAGCUUCCCAGCUUCUAACCUGACGUGGCGACAUCUUAAUGUCCCAAUGAACAGAACAAGUUCCAACAAUGAGCUGUGGUUGGUGAUUCCUCACGUUACAACCAGGGACACUGGAGACUAUCAGUGUGUGGCAGAGAAUGAACAUGGAGCAGUGGAGGGGUUCAUAACCAUCACUGUGGAAUAUGCACCACAGAAUCUCUCAAUUACUUCUCUUGAUAUGAUUAACGCUUCAACGAUCAAUAUUAUUGAGGGGAAUUCUGCAGUGAUAAUCUGCUCUGCCGAGAGCUUCCCAGCUUCUAACCUGACGUGGCGACAUCUUAAUGUCCCAAUGAACAGAACAAGUUCCAACAAUGAGCUGUGGUUGGUGAUUCCUCACGUUACAUCCAGGUACACUGGAGACUAUCAAUGUGUGGCAGAGAAUGAACAUGGAGCAGUGGAGGGGUUCAUAACCAUCACUGUGGAAUAUGCACCACGGAACCUAUCAAUUACUUCUCUUGAUAUGAUUAACGCUUCAUGGAUCAAUAUAAUUGAGGGGAAUUCUGCAGUGAUAAUCUGCUCUGUCGAGAGCUUCCCAGCUUCUAACCUGACAUGGCGACACCUUAAUGUCCCAAUGAACAGAACAAGUUCCAACAAUGAGCUGUGGUUGGUGAUUCCUCAUGUUACAUCCAGGGACACUGGAGACUAUCAGUGUGUGGCAGAGAAUGAAGAUGGAGCAGUGGAGGGGUUCAUAACCAUCACUGUGGAAUAUGCAGCACAGGAUCUCUCAAUUACUUCUCUUGGUAUGAUUAACGCUACAUCGAUCAAUAUAAUUGAGGGGAAUUCUGCAGUGAUAAUCUGCUCUGUCGAGAGCUUCCCAGCUUCUAACCUGACGUGGCGACAUCUUAAUGUCCCAAUGAACAGAACAAGUUCCAACAAUGAGCUGUGGUUGGUGAUUCCUCACGUUACAUCCAGGGACACUGGAGACUAUCAGUGUGUGGCAGAGAAUGAACAUGGAGCAGUGGAGGGAUUCAUAACCAUCACUGUGGAAUAUGCACCACAGGAUCUCUCAUUUACUUCUCUUGAAAUGAUUAAUGCUUCAUCGAUCAAUAAAAUUGAGGGGAAUUCUGCAGUGAUAAUCUGCUCUGUCGAGAGCUUCCCAGCUUCUAACCUGACGUGGCGACAUCUUAAUGUCCCAAUGAACAGAACAAGUUCCAACAAUGAGCUGUGGUUGGUGAUUCCUCACGUUACAUCCAGGGACACUGGAGACUAUCAGUGUGUGGCAGAGAAUGAACAUGGAGCAGUGGAGGGAUUCAUAACCAUCACUGUGGAAUAUGCACCACGGAAUCUCUCAAUUACUUCUCUUGAUAUGAUUAACGCUUCAUCGAUCAAUAUAAUUGAGGGGAAUUCUGCAGUGAUAAUCUGCUCUGUCGAGAGCUUCCCAGCUUCUAACCUGACGUGGCGACAUCUUAAUGUCCCAAUGAACAGAACAAUUUCCAACAAUGAGCUGUGGUUGGUGAUUCCUCACGUUAUAUCCAGGGACACUGGAGACUAUCAGUGUGUGGCAGAGAAUGAAAAUGGAGCAGUGGAGGGGUUCAUAACCAUCACUGUGGAACAUGCACCACAGGAUCUGUCAUUUACUUCACUUGAUAUGAUUAACGCUUCAUCGAUCAAUAUAAUUGAGGGGAAUUCUGCAGUGAUAAUCUGCUCUGUCGAGAGUUCCCCAGCUUCUAACCUGACGUGGCGACAUCUUAAUGUCCCAAUGAACAGAACAACUUCCAAUAAUGAGCUGUGGUUGGUGAUUCCUCACGUUACAUCCAGGGACACUGGAAACUAUCAGUGUGUGGCAGAGAAUGAACAUGGAGCAGUGGAGGGAUUCAUAACCAUCACUGUGGAAUAUGCACCACGGAAUCUCUCAAUCAAUUCUCUUGAUAUGAUUAACGCUUCAUCGAUCAAUAUAUUUGAGGGGAAUUCUACAGUAAUAAUCUGCUCUGUCGAGAGCUUCCCAGCUUCUAAACUGACGUGGCAACAUCUUAAUGUCCCAAUGAAUAGAACAAGUUCCAACAAUGAGCUGUGGUUGGUGAUUCCUCACGUUACAUCCAGGGACACUGGAGACUAUCAGUGUGUGGCAGAGAAUGAACAUGGAGCAGUGGAGGGGUUCAUAACCAUCACUGUGGAAUAUGCUCCACAGAAUCUCUCAUUUACUUCGCUUGAUAUGAUUAAUGCUUCAUCGAUCAAUAUAAUUGAGGGGAAUUCUACAGUGAUAAUCUGCUCUGUCGAGAGCUUCCCAGCUUCUAACCUGACGUGGCGACAUCUUAAUGUCCCAAUGAACAGAACAAGUUCCAACAAUGAGCUGUGGUUGGUGAUUCCUCACGUUACAUCCAGGGACACUGGAGACUAUCAGUGUGUGGCAGAGAAUGAACAUGGAGCAGUGGAGGGGUUCAUAACCAUCACUGUGGAACGUAGAGACUCCAGUAAAUGGACAGUAGGAUUGCUCACGGCUGGGAUCAUGUUGAGUGUUUUCCUGGCUGGAAUCAUCAUCUUCAUCUGCGUGAGAAAGAGAAAGACAGCGAUGGAGGAGAGAGUUUCAGGGACCAGUGACAUUGCAUUGACCCCCAGGUCACUCUCUGUGAAGCACCAGGGUAAACAGAAUGUGCUGAUUACUGAGACCUGGGACACAACCAGAGACACAACUAGCGAGGGGGAGACCCCAGUUCCCCGGGGUCUCUCUGAAGGUCCAGUGGGAGGCGAUGCUGGAUAUGGGAACCCCGACAAACCCGACGAUCUUCUCUACGCCAAUCCCCAAGUCUUCAGGUUGCCCAGUGGUGAUGGGACUGUCCACAGGGAAGAGGAGACAGAAUACGCACAGAUCAGAUUCAAGCGAAACUGAGUGUGAAACGGGGAGAGGGGGUGAGCAGGUUUGUGAAUGGGGGCAGGGAUUGUGAUUCCUUGGAACAUGAGACAACCCACUGGGGGAGAGGGGGAGAGAGGGAGGAAGGGACUGAAUGGGUCUGUGGUUGGUGUGGUUUGGAAUGAAAUGUUUCCCCAGAGACGACUUGAUGCUGAGUCAUUGGGGGCAGAGAUUCAGUGUCUCUCUCUCUCCCAGUCUGUCUCUCUAUCUCUCUCUCCUUCUCUGUCUGUCUCUCUCUCUCUCUCUGUCUCUCUCUCCUUCUUUGUCUCUCUCUCUCUCUGUCUCUCUCCCUCUGCAUCUCUGUCUAUCUCUCUCCUCCUUUAACAUGGUCUUUAUUAACUGGCUUUGUUAACUCAGCUUUUUGUCACCUGUCCCUUAUAUCUCAUUAUUUGUCUCAGAGAUGGAUUUAUAUGUGGUUAACAAUCCCCUGAAGAGUUUUGGGACAGUUUGCUACAUUAAGUGUGCUAUAUAAAUGCAAGUUGUUGUAGUAACGUUGAUCUGCCUCGAUUCAGAAUGGAACCACUGAGGCUCCUUCGACAGGGCGUGUGUGCAACAGGCUCACAAUAAAUACAUUGCACGGCAACAACUAAGCAUGUCCUUUAUUGCUGAUGCAUCCCAGUCCUGCUGUGUGGACACAUCACAACCGAGGGACUGCCUGACUGCGUGCAGCCAACAUGGCCGAAUAGUAAUUAGCAGAAAUGUGACAUCACUGAACUUUGUUAACAUUUCAGAAUGUGCUUUCUGAAUUCUGCAACUUGUUUAUUCUGUGAUAGAUUACAAGAAGCUUUUGCAUUUUCUAUAAUAUUACAUUUAUUGUCACAAGGGAUUGAAAUGCCCAGACAACUCUGUACAGAUAUAUUUUUAUUAAACAUCUUACUCUGGGA